AUGUCAUUUAUAUUCAAAAGCAUUCUUCUUGUUAACUUGGGGAUUCCCGCUGUGAUAUGUCAAAUUGAUUUGGGUUCCUUUUCAUUGGGACAAAAUAAACGUGGUGAUCUGAAAUUUAUUUUCAAUCAAGCGGCGAAUAUUUUGGGAUUCGGAGGUGAUCGUGGAGUCGAUUUAACAAUUGGUGAAGGUCGAUUUAAUACCAAAGCACGACAAGGAGCAUUGAUUGCUGGAGAAAGAAUUAGUGCUGAUUCCGGUAUUAAUAUUAAUGAAGCUGAAGGAGUGGAUUUUAGAAACUUUUUAAAUUUUAACAACAGUCCCAUUUCAUUCAAUAAUCCUGUUGGCCUAUUCCUUUCAUUUCUGGAAAAGAUCAAAAAUUUCUUUACCACUGAUAAACGAUCGGAUGUCAUACGAUUUCCCACGCAAUAUGAAAAUUCGGAUGUCGAAAUAGGAAGUGUUUCUCGCAAUUUUGAAACAUCAGAACAGCAGAGAAUUUCAGGAGAGACGGUGAAUUAUAGGCAACCUGAAAAUGAUGAUUAUUAUCACAAUGUUGAAGUUGAAGAUGAAGCGGCUCAAAAACAGUUUAAAACGACAAGUGAAUCUUCUGGUAAGGAAAAUUGGGACAUAAUGAAUCGGAGUAUUAUCGGAACUGAAUUCAAUACUACAAUCACUUAA